CGAAUCUGGCGCAGCGCGCUCGCCCCACUUCAAACCUGCCCACAAAUUUUCCCACAAAUUCAUUGCACCGCAAAAACUCCGGCUAUUUGCAACCUUGCGUUUAACCGUCGUGCACGGAUCUUCACGACAUUGUUGAACGCUUAUUGCCACAAAACAAUACAACUUCUCACGUGACGCCCCUUUCGCACUCCAGUGCGCCAUGGAUCAAAGCCAUGGCGAAGGGAUUGGCAGCUGGGAUCCGGCUAGCUAUCCCGGCGAGCCGUGGGAUCAUGACUUCGGCGGUUCGCAUUUAGCUUAUCAAGGCGGAGGCGAAGACAAUGCCUUUGCCAACCCAGGCUUCCUCGCUGGGGGCGGUCUGAACCCGCCGCCAGCGAGGUCAGACAACCAGGUCGAUUUAUUUCGACCUUUUGAUCCCUAUUAUGGCCAGGGAGGCGCUUGGUCAGAUGACCCUCUGGCGGCAGCCGCCCCGUUCUCUCAUGACGCUGGUCUUGGGUAUGGACAAGCCUUUUUCGGAGACGCACACCAUCCUACCGACGCUAAUCAGACGGUCGAUACCAGAUUUGCGCUUGCCGGGUAUACCCAGGCUCCGGUUGCACAGUGGGCCGGAUAUGAACCUCGUCCCCAGUACGAGAAUCCGCUUGCUGCUGCCCGGCCACCGGCCGUUUCAGCUCCGGCUCCCCAUGGCGCGCCCGCGCCGUUCUUCUCUGGCCACAGAUACCAGGAAGAAGAGCACCAGCAAGCGCCACGCCCGGUACACCCGCAGUUUGCUGCGUCGUUCGACGGCGCGUUGGACCAGCCGGUGGCCGUCACUGGCAGCCCACGUGUUCACGCGCAGCCGCCGGCGCGAGAUACAACCUUUCCUGGUCCUCCUCGCCAGGAACCCCCUCAGCAGGUCCCCCACCAGGUAGCUCAGCGGUCUGGUGUCCAGCCUGCCCCUCGCGCCGCCGGAGCUGGCCAGCAGACCUCUGACCAACAGCCGGUCAAUCAGAUUCAAGCAGGAUUGCAUGCCCAGCAGUCUUCGGCUCCGAUUGCUGUUGCAGGUGUUAAGCGCGGGCCAGCAUCAGAACCGCAAGCUGCUUCGGCUGUCGCAAAGAAGGCCAAACUGCUCCCCACGGCCGCUGCCAGUCCUCGUUCUGCCUCUGUGGGCUCCCCUUCUGCAUCCACGCAGACCCAACCCCAAACUGUGUCCGGGAGAAUAUGUUCGAUCAACUUUCAGGACAAUGAUCUGCUCUCGGCUGCCGAGGGCCGUCCCGGGGCGAUGUUGCCAGGAGUGGCCAAUCUCGUCAUUGGUGCAGCACCGGUGAGACUCCAGAGUCGGCCGCCGACGAUUCGAAACAUGACUCUGGCAUCAAAAGGCGGCAAACCUCCCCUGUUCCCCCAGUUGCCGCGGGGAUGGACUCCAGCUGAGUGCCUUGGAAACCAUCUCUAUGCGUAUCAGCACGCGACGGGUGACGUGGACUUCCAACGGGCUGAUAUUUGCCUUGAGAUUUGGAUGAAGCGGGGAAAUACCGAAAUCGCCCCCGAUUGGUGGAGGAAAGGGUUGAAAGAUGGUCUGGGUAAGGAGCCCAAGCGUCUUGGUCCUCCAGCAGAGCCGCUCUACACCACCAUCAAGGCGGAAGAAAUCCUGCGGGUUCAUCCCGCUCAUGUUGACAACAAGCACGUAAUCCAGAACGUGUGCAGCGAGUAUGGCGUGUUCCUUCACAGCAGGGCCCAGAGCCUCCUGACUGCCUUGAAAAAGCCCAAUGAACAGUCGCAAGAGGACAAGGUCGACGCCGAGGCUCAGGUUCGUCUGGCUAAAGACCUGCUGGAGCGCGCAAUUGUGGCAGGACUUCAAGCCAAACCUGUCGGCUUGUUGGCGAAGCUGAGCAGCCAAAACAAGCUGUUCGCCACACUGAUAAACGUCCUCGUCAACCUCAUCAACGCGGGCGAGGCAAACUCCUCUCUGGUCAAGGGCAUUCUCCGUCUGUAUACACGCCUUACCGAGGUGACUUCGGAGCAGCUGAUGUUGUGGAAAAUGAACAAGAUCAGGAACAGGUUGGAGAAGGCAGGAGACGAGGAGGCCAAGGGGGUGAUGGCUACCAUAUUUGAGAUGGCCAGCUGGAACGAUGAUAAAAAGGCCGAGAAUGAAAGUGACUCGGCCGGCACGGUGUCAGGUGGCGGUGGGAAGAAAGCCGCGCCUGCGCAGACCAAGGUGCUUUCAAAACAAUCGACUCCCGGAAACGACACCAAGAAAAUGGGCCCCUCGUCCACGAACAAGUCGGCCAGCUCAACGACCGACUUACGAAAAAAUUCAUCCUUACCUGCUUCAUCAAAAGUCACGGCACCUAACACAGGGGCUGACCAAACCGCGGCGAAGGUACCCAAAAAGAUGCCUGCCCCCGCUGCCGGAGCAAAGCGGUCGCGUGAAGAGGAUGCUGCCGGCGCCGAAGUGCGCUCAGUAAAGAAGCCUGCGACCGACAAUUCAUCGUCCAGCAGCACGAAGGCGUCUUCUGCUGCUGGGAAGUCACCGGCGGGUCCCAGCACCAAGGCUCCCGCCACGAAGGCAUCGACAAGCACGACGGCUUCUAGUUCCACCGCUGUCCCGACCAAGCCGCGGUCUGGACUUUUGCUUCCUGGAAAGGCACGUCCGGCUCAAAAGCCGGUGCCCAAAUCCGACCCCGCGAAGGUCGAUGCUCAGAAAAGCUCGACUUCCAAGAUGCAAGCCACAAAGGCCGACGCAUCCAAGUCGGUCACCACGAAGGCGCAGUCCACACCGACCGCGUCCGGCGCCGCGAAGAGCGCCAAACCCAAGCCAGCCGAAGCGACCAAGCAAGCUCCCGCGAGCAGGUCUAUCUUUUCUGAGUUGAUGCAGGAGAUUGACGAAGCAAAGAAGAUCAAGACGCCGGAGACGGCCGCAAAGCGGGCCACCCUUCCGGAUCCGAACGAGACUCCAGAGCAGCGGGCGCGCCGACUUCGUAAGGAGAGCCGCCGAGGAUUGAGAGUUGCGUUCAAGAGCGGGGACGCACUGGUCGAAGUCCGCGAGUUUAUGCGGCACCCCGAAGAAAUUGCCGAGAGCCUUAGCAUGGCCCGCAACGCCGCGACGGAAGGCCGCUACAAAAACAGCGAAGAGAGCGAGAUGAUGAAGCGGCUUCACUCAGGGAAAGGCAUCAAAGCCUUUGAAAUUAAUGACCGCGACUGGGAGGAGCUGUCUGGCAUCGACUUCGCCGCCCACAUCAUUUCCGAGCAGAGGGCGAAGACCUACGACACCCGGGGCGGACUCAGAACUUUUGAGACCGAGGAGCAGAAGCUCACCAUGGAGCGAGAGUCAAAGGAGUUGAUGGUUAUCUACCACAACAGCGCGGACAUACCGCCCACUCCGAGGUCGCCCCCUUAUGAGCCGUCGCUUUCCAGUGCUGGCCAGGAGUCGCGGCUGCCUCCCGCCACUCCUGGAUACGAUGAGAUGAUGCGGCGCACUCAAGAGUGGAGAUCAUGGGGCUCUCGCCAUGCUUCUCACGCAGCCCAGUCCCGCGCGGAUCUCCAGUCUCGUCCGGAUUAUGCCAAUUAUACCAAUACGCUGCAAUCCCUUCAGUCGAUCGCAGAGUCUGUCAACGGACAGGCCACUCGUCAGCCCGAGGCUCCCGCUCAGCAGCCCGCCGUUCAGGAUCCGCGCGCCUGGUACGAGCCCGCCGCAGCCGCCCGGCGCGACCAGGAAGUCGUAGACCUCCUGCACUCGGAUCGCGUCAGGAACUGGCAGGACCCCGAUCCGUAUAACCACGAACUCGCGAGGACUGCGCGGCGUGAUCCCGAUCCCGAUCCCGAAGUGGAGGCCAAGGUCCAAAAAGCGCUUGCCGACAUCGCGGCGAUUGUCGCAUCUAUCCCCAAGGACCCCCCGCGGCCCGCACAGCCCGCGCCGCCCGCGCAGCCUGUCCCUGUUUCUCAACCCGUGCAGCAAGCGGCCUCGGCUCCCCAAGCUUCCAAUGCACAAGACGCACAGGCCUCGGCCCCUGAUUACUCCGCUGCUUGGGCUCAGUACUACGCCGCCCAACAACAGCACCAGCUGCAGCAGCACCAGGCGGCGCACCAAGCAUGGUACGGCCAGUAUCAGAAUCCGUACACUCAAGCUGCCAAUCCCUAUGUGCAGGCUCAAGCCCCGCAGACUGCUCAGCAGCAGACCGCGGACCCCAACAACCAAGUGGCCAGCAUCCUCGCCGCGCUCGGCAAUCAACAGCAGCACGCUGCGCAGCCUCAGCACCCAUCUGCUGCUGACCCCAAUGCUCCGCUCCAGGCAAUUAUAGCUGCUAUUACCAGUGGCAAUCAAGGCCAGGCCGCGGCUCCCGCCCCAGCCGAUCCUCAGAGCACCCAGUACGUAAUGGAAGUGGUGAGGUGGGCAACCGCCCAGAACCAAGGCCAGACGCAAGCCCAAGCUGGCCAGAGCGCCCAGCAGACUUGGAACUCCUAUGGCCAAAAUUCGCAGGCGUACGGUACUCACGGCCAAAGCUAUGGCCAAGCCAACCACCAAGAGCGUGAGGCAUACGGGCAGACAUACGGCCUCAGUCAAGACCGGGAGCGCGACAGCUACGGGCGCGACCGCGAGCGUGAGCGCGAGCGCGAGAACAACAACCGUGAUCGCGACUUUCACCACCGUGGCGGCAAGGGCCGCGGCGGCGGCAACAAGCACGACAAGGUCCCCGACCAUCUCCGGGGGAUCAACCGCGCCCUCAUCGGCACGAAGACCUGCGCCUUCUGGGCCAAGGGUCAGUGUGCAAAAGGAGAGAACUGUACUUUCCGCCAUGAGUAGGCGUACUCGCUUGGGUUGGCUUCGCUGUUCCUUUUUUCGUUUCACUUCACUAUUGGUGCACUAUCCGCCCUUUGCGAGAGCAAACUAAGUAUCUUGUCUCUCCCAACAACGUGGAGGACUACGGCACGAGGGAUAGGCGAUAUCCGAUUGCAUGGAACGUUACUU